UGCCCCCGCGAUCGCACGGAUGGCGGCGCUGGCGGCCUUGGCCAAGAAGCUGUGGAGCAGCCGGCGGCUGCUGGUGCUGCUGCUCACGCCGCUGGCGCUGCUGCCGGUGGUCUUCGCCCUGCCGCCCAAGGAAGGCCGCUGCCUGUUUGUCAUCCUGCUCAUGGCAGUGUACUGGUGCACGGAGGCCCUGCCCCUCUCGGUGACAGCCAUGCUGCCCAUCACCCUCUUCCCCGUCUUGGGGAUCCUGAAGUCCAGCGUCGUCUGCCCCCAGUACUUCCUGGACACCAACUUCCUCUUCCUCAGCGGUCUGAUCAUGGCCAGCGCCAUCGAGGAGUGGAACCUGCACCGGAGAAUCGCCCUCAAGAUCCUGAUGCUGGUCGGGGUCCAGCCGGCCUGGCUCAUCCUUGGAAUGAUGGUGAACACCUCCUUCCUGUCCAUGUGGCUGAGCAACACUGCCUCCACCGCCAUGAUGCUGCCCAUCGCCAGCGCCAUCCUGAAGAGUCUCUUUGGGCUGAAGGAGAUUAAGAAGGACCUCAGCCGGGAGAGUGAAGAGAAUGCAGCUCUUGUGCGGACAAAAGGCCUGCAUGCUGUGCCCACGGAGAUACAAUUUCUUGCCAGCACAGAAGAACUCCAGAUCAUGUCUCCAUCGCCCACUGGAGAAGGGGCCCCUCAUGUAGCAAUUAAGACCAGAAGCAAAGACUGCCCUGAGGAGGGAGAGGCUCCCCUGGAUCUGUCGGCCACCUCCACGAAGGAAGAAGAAUAUCGCAAAAACAUCUGGAAGGGCCUCCUCAUCUCCAUCCCUUACUCAGCCAGCAUCGGGGGCACUGCCACCCUCACGGGCACGCCCCCUAACCUCAUCCUGCUUGGUGGGCUCAAAAGUUUCUUCCCUCAGUGCGACACGGUGAAUUUCGGCUCCUGGUUCAUUUUCGCCUUCCCUCUCAUGCUGCUGUUCCUGUUGAUGGGCUGGCUCUGGAUCUCCUUCCUGUACGCAGGAAUGACCUUGAGGGGCUGGAGGAAGAAGAAAUCGGACGUGAGAGCUGAUGCAGAGGACAGAACUCGAGCUGUGAUUCAGGAGGAAUACAAGAAUCUGGGGCCCAUGAAGUUUGCUGAGCAGGCCGUCUUCAUCCUUUUCUGCAUGUUCGCCAUUCUCCUCUUCUUCCGGGACCCGAAGUUCAUCCCUGGCUGGGCCAAUCUCUUCACCCCUGGGUUUACUUCUGAUGCUGUCACGGGCGUGGCCGUUGUCACCGUCUUGUUCUUCUUCCCGUCCCAAAGGCCCUCUCUCAAGUGGUGGUUUGACUUUAAAGCUCCCAACACCGAGACAGAGCCCCUGCUGACGUGGAGGAAAGCCCAGCACACCAUCCCCUGGAACAUCAUCCUUCUCCUGGGAGGGGGCUUCGCCAUGGCCAAAGGCUGUGAGCAGUCGGGGCUGUCUCUGUGGAUCAGUGAUCAGCUGCACCCCUUGGAGGGCAUGCCGCCCAUGCUGGCCAGCUUCAUCAUCACCGCAGUCAUCAUCUUCUUCACGGAGUUUGCCAGCAACACGGCCACUAUCGUCAUCUUCCUGCCUGUCCUGUCAGAGCUGGCCAUCCGCCUGAAAGUGCACCCCCUGUAUCUGAUGAUCCCUGCCACGGUGGGCUGCUCCUACGCCUUCAUGCUCCCGGUCUCGACGCCCCCCAAUUCAAUUGCCUUCGCCUCUGGACACUUGCUGGUCAAAGACAUGGUGCGGGCUGGCUUCCUGAUGAACCUGAUUGGCCUCCUGCUGCUCAACAUGGCCAUCAAUACUUGGGCACAGCCCAUCUUCCAGCUGGGUACCUUCCCAGACUGGGCCCACAGCCACUCGGCCAAUGUUACAGCGCUGCCACCCACGUUUGUGACCAACAAGACAUUGCAGGCCCUCUGAGCCCUCCUUGGAGACUCUCUUUGGGCUGGGCCCUCCCAGAAGGCUUUUACCAUCACCUGCUCUUAGGAUCAGACAGAAGGAUCAAGCAGUUCUCUGCGAUCCGGUGCGCAGCAAGCUACAAAGGCCCCUGUGGGCCACACGCAGGAGGGUCCUGGCUGAGGGGGCCUGAGUCACCUGCGAGAGGGCAGGGCCCAGGCUUGCCCCAACUCCAGAAUCACAGCUGAACUGAAUCAGAUGUCCAGUGGUCCACUUGGGUCAACAAGUUCAUUAUCUAGGGCACCCUCUCCUCGCUCGUGCAGUUCAGGGCCCAGAUAGUUCCCAGAGCUGCUGGCUGAGAAACACACUCCUUUGUCUGAGCUGAAUGUGGUUUAGGCUGCACUCCGGAGAGACCAUCUUGCCUCAAGGGGUCACCUUCCUUGAGAGGCUUUGGGGCUGCAGUGUUCCCGUCCACCUCUUCCAGCUGUCCACGGCUGGUGCGUGUUCUGUUCAGCUGGUGCCCAUUCUGCACCAUCUGUUUGGUACCCAGCAAUCAGGGACAUUUUCAAGCUGUGCAGAGGGGGAGGGACAGAUAAUUUCCUGAGGACGUGGAGACUGGGCAAAGCCUCCUUACUGCUCCUCUGGGCUCCCAAACACAACAGGGGGUUCUAGAACCCCCCGCCGGCAUCUCUACUGGAGUUUUCAGGAUCCUCCUGUUUAAUCUGAUUCAGUUCGGCCUGUAGUUCUGGAGUUGGGCCAAGCCUGGGUCCUGCUCUCUUGCAGGUGACUCUCAGCCCCUCCAGCCAGGACCCUCCUGCAUGUGGCCGGCAGAAGCCUUUGUGGCUGUCAGCUACUGCUUGCUCAUCAGCCGGUCUUUUCC